AUGUUUAAACCACCUCUACCAAACUAAAGAUUAUCAUAGAAAGCUUUAGAUUAGCCAAUGAUACUGAUCCGUAGCAUAGGAUCAAGUUAAGGCAAUCGUCCUAAUAGAACCUCAAGUGAUUCUCGUCAUAGACCAGGAUCAAGUUAAAGAUCUAUAAGUUUCUCUAAAACAGAUCUACACUCAAAAUAUGGUGUACCAUUAGUGACAGCUCAAAAUUUUAUAGUAAUGAAUGGUUUAGAUGGAUAAAAUUUGACAGUACUGCAAUUAAAUAAUUGAGA